AUCCUGAGACAGAUAGGUCACUUCCGCUCUGACGUCAACACAGAGCGACGAUCUUUCUGCAGCGAGCGGAAUUAGCAAGCGCGUCCACCUUGUUCAAGAGAAAUGGCACCCUCACCCACAAAGCGAAAGGAGGAGGAAAAACAAAAGGACAGAACCAAAGAAAAGAGUGGAACUAAAGAUGGAGAUAAGGAGAGGGGAAGAAAUAAAGUGAGGAAACGUCGUGGUGGAUCCUCUGGUAGUAGCAGCAGCAGAUCUCGCUCGAGUUCUACUUCAAGCAGCAGUUCUGGCUCUAGCUCAGGCUCCUCAAGUGGGUCUAGCUCCUCUGGUUCUAGUCGAUCUGGUUCCUCAAGCUCUCGCUCCUCCUCAUCCUCAAGCUCCUCAGGUUCUCCGAGUCCCGGCCGCAGACGCCAUACCAACAGGCGUCGUUCACCCUCAAAUUCCAAAACUGAGAAGAAGGGAGAUGAUAAGGAACGAAGAAAAAGAAGUGCAAGCCCUAAACCAACCAAGGUUCAUGUGGGACGGCUCACUAGAAAUGUGACCAAGGACCACAUACAAGAGAUCUUUUCAACGUAUGGGAAAAUAAAAAUGGUUGACAUGCCAGUUGACAGGAUGUACCCACACAUGACCCGAGGCUACGCUUACGUGGAGUUUGAAACUCCGGAAGAGGCGGAGAAAGCCCUCAAACACAUGGAUGGGGGUCAAAUUGAUGGACAGGAAAUCUCCGCAUCUGCCGUGCUGACUCAGCGAGUCCGUCCUCUGCCUCGCAGGCUGUCUCCCCCACGUAGAAUGCCCCCACCUCCACCGAUGUGGCGACGAAGUCCCCCACGCAUGAGAAGAAGGUCUCGCUCCCCCAGAAGACGGUCCCCAGUUCGUCGACGCUCUCGUUCCAGAUCUCCUGGUCGCAGGCGUCAUCGUUCUCGUUCCAGCUCUAACUCCUCUAGAUAAAUUGAGCAGAAAAGAUAAAAAGUGAUCACUCAGAUGUUCCAACACCAGGUCACCUGGACUUACUGCUUCGACAGAUGUCUAGAAGACCCCUGGUGUGAAUUUAAAAUCUUGAUUUGUGUCCAACAUAAGUUUUUGUGCUUGAUGUAGGAUGUGUAUUUUUUAUUUUUAUGUUUCUCUCCAUAUUUUUUGGUAUCAAUUUAGCUUUGCUUGGUGUUAAUUACAGUUUGAUUUCUUUAAAGUGUCUUAUUUUUAACCAUGUACUGACUUUUUGACCAAUAAAAGGUGUGGAAAACUCUG